AUGUCAAUGAAUAACAGUGUGACCGAAUUCAUUCUUUUUGGAUUGACACAGGAUGCAGGACAGCAGAAAGCAAUAUUUGGAGUCUUUUUGAUUCUGUACCUUGCAACACUGUUGGGGAACUUUCUCAUUGUAGUGACUAUUAAGACCAGCCAGACACUUGAGAGUCCCAUGUACUUCUUCCUAUUCUAUCUGGCCUUUGCUGAUGCCUGCUUCUCUACAACCACAGCCCCCAGGUUAAUUGUGGAUGCCCUUUCUCAGAAGAAGACCAUUUCCUACAAUGAGUGCAUGACCCAGGUCUUUGCAAGCCAUUUUUUUGGCUGCAUGGAAAUCUUUGUGCUCAUCCUCAUGGCCUUUGAUCGCUACGUAGCCAUUUGUAAGCCCCUGCGAUACACAACCAUCAUGAGCCGGCAAGUCUGUGGUGCGUUGGUGAAACUGGCCUGGGUGGGAUCUUGUAUCCACUCUUCAGCACAGAUUUUCCUGGCUUUGAGAUUGACCUUCUGUGGCCCCAAUGUGAUUGACCACUAUUUCUGUGACUUGCAGCCCUUGUUGAAACUUGCCUGCAUGGACACAUACGUGAUAAAUUUGUUAGUUGUUUCUAAUAGUGGAGCCAUAUGCAUGGUGAGUUUCAUAAUCUUGCUUAUCUCCUAUGUUGUCAUCUUGCGCUCACUGAGAAACCACACUGCAGAAGGAAGGCGGAAAGCCCUUUCCACAUGCACCUCCCACUUUAUUGUGGUUGUCAUAUUUUUUGGCCCAUGUAUAUUCAUAUACACACGCCCGCCAAUCGCAUUUCCAAUAGACAAAAUGGUGGCUGUGUUUUAUAGUAUUGGGACACCCUUGCUCAACCCCCUGAUCUAUACAUUAAGGAAUGCAGAAGUAAAAAGUGCCAUGAAAAAGGUAUGGUGUAGCAACGUGUGA